AUUCUUUUUGAUUGACAAAAUAAAUAAUCAACAAAUCAAUUAGGUCAUGACGUUUAACCUCAAAAAUUUUUAAGUGUAAUUUAACGCAAAAUUUCCAAAUUUUAAUCGUGUUUAUUUUCAAUACCUAUAUCAAUCACCUCAUCGAUAUGUCCACGAGGAAUAAUACGAAGACGGAAAAGUCGAAUGAGAGCGGGGACACUAAAAAGAUCAUAGAUAAAUACAAUAGGGAUGAUGCAGUGCAGACGAAGUAUUUGCCGGAUCGGGGCGAUUCAUCCGAUAAAAGAGAGAAGUCGAGAAUUUUAGAUCUAGCCGAGAGGAAGCGCAUUAGGGAGAGGUAUACCAUCAGAUUAAAAGCCGCAGACCAGAACGUCAAUACUAGUGUUGGAUCUAAGACAAUAUCGACUUGCGAAGAUACUACGAAAGACAAAAGCCAAACGCCGAGUAAAAUCGAUACGGAAUCGAUUUCAGCGAAGGGACUUUGCGAAAACGAUGAAUCGAUAAAAAAAGGGAGAUCCGUUAAAGUACCGAUAACGAGCACGCUUAUAUCGGACAACGACCGAACUAGAAUAUACAAAGUGGUCAGGUUCAUCAAUCGGAAACCGCAAAAGGGCAGUAUCCAGAUCGAUUUGACGUCACGAGCGAAGAAGACGUCUAAGUACACGGAGACCGAGCGGCGGGAAGCGAAACGACCGCCCGAGAUUGCGUCAGGCGUCGAUAAAAAGCCGGAUAUAAAGAACAGUGGCAGCCGGAGACGGUUUAGGCGGAAGCAGGUCGCGUCGCCGGCGUCUUUGAGGAAGGCGAGCUUCUCACCGCCCACGGAGGUGGCGAAAUGGGCGCCUACUUGCCUCAAUCGCGAAACAAAACCGUAUUACGAAGCUUGGGUGAACACGAAACUGGCGGCCGUGUCGAGAGGUUGCGAUUUGAACGAUAGAGAAAGGACCAGGUUAAUGGAGACGUUUAGAAAGGCAUUGGAAUGCAGAAUCGAUAGCCCGGAAUUGGUUUAUGAAGAUUUAACGGACGAGAAAUUCACGGGACGAAUUAGAAUUAAAUGUAAAUAGGAUAUUUCGGAAUUGCCAUUUAAGUAAUUUUUUUAUUUUUUUAUUGCUUAGAUGAGUGGACGAGCUCACAGCCCACCUGGUGUUAAGUGGUUACUGGAGCCCAUAGACAUCUAUGACGCAAAAGUGCCAACCAACUUGAGAUAUAAAUUCUAAGGUCUCAGUAUAGUUGCAACGGCUGCCCCACCCUCCAAACCGAAACGCAUUACUGCUUCACGGCAGAAAUAGGCAGGGUGGUGGUACCUACCCGCGCGGACUCGCAAGAGGUCCUACCACCAGUCUACAUUGUGGUCUUCGUCUAUUUCUCUUUUUAUGUCUUAAACUUAAAUCUUCUGUCAGUUUUUCGGUCAAUUUUUCUUUUUUUUUUAAUACUAUUAAAUGCUCCCGAAGUAAUAGUGAUAAUAAAAAAAAAGCGAUAUUAAAUUGCUAAAA